CGCGUGAGUUCAGAUGGCAACCUCGUAGCGUCGGCCAUCCUAGUGGUCGAUUUCACUUCGCGGCCAGCAUACUCUGCGGCGGCUGCAGCAGAGACAAAGGGAUUUUCAAGGACUUCCGUGUAUGUGUGCAGCAGAUAUUGAUUUUCCGCCUUUUGCGCGCGUGUAAGGUCGUCCUCGACGCUCGAGCGCAGUCGCGCUCGCAGUCCCAGCGGCUUUGCCAACCGCGAGCGACCGCCAGCUGCUCGGUUGGCAUGGACCGCUCCGCGCGUGACGUCACGCCGCUUCCGGGCAUGCGCACUCGCGCUCGUCUGAGCGAGUGGCAGCCAUCCUCUAACAAUGGCGUGAAUGUGUGGUGUGUGCGUGCGUGUGUGAUUGCGUUUUAUAUGGGUUUCCACGCGAAAUCAUGUGUUCUAUCACGCCCAUGACCCAACUUGAAAUUGUGGCUGAUGUUUACUGCGAUGGGCAAACGCUUUCCGGAAGUGAUGCCGGAGGCAUGUCGGGCCUGGGCUGGCAAAGCGGGGGUGGCCCCGUGAGCCAGCAGCAGCAACUGUCAGUAGUGACCACGGUGUGGGGAGUGACAUCCACCACGCAGAGCGCAGCGCCGUACGCGCCUGGGCCCCCCCAGGCUAAGGGGGGCCCGUACGCCCCUUCUGGCUACCCGUCAGGUUCACCUCUGGGCCCCAACAAGGGCUACUCACCUGUGCCACCUUCACGACAGCCUCCUAAUGCAUAUGCUGGGUAUGGCCAGAACCCUGCCGGCAUGGCUGGUGGCAUGCCUGGUGCCAUGGGAGCUGCUGGACAUGGCACAGCGAGCGAAUUCCAGACAGGACCAUCAGCCCUCAGUACAGCAGCCCUGGUGGCUGCGGCUACUGCUACAGCUACAGCCACAGCAAGUGUGGUUGCCCUCCAAGAGCAACGGCAGCAAGAAGUUAUGGGCGGACAGUAUGGACAGAUGGGGGGCCACCAGCAGUUUCCUGGCGGAGGCUAUGGCGUACCUCCACAGCGGGGUCCUCCGCACGGUGCUGCAGCCACCGGCCAGAUGGGAGGGCUGAUGGGACCAACUAUGGGGCCCCUCGGGGCGCCCUCCAAGCUUGGUGGUGUGGGCGGACCUCUUUACAACCAGCAGCAGCAGCCACCACCACGUGGCAGACCGUACCCAAGCCCCCAGCAGUACCUGGCACAUAAGCGGCAGCAACAGCAACAGCAGUACCCAGCAGGGCCCAUGCAGGGGGGUUACAUGGGCACUCCACAACAGCAGUAUGGGCCUCAGUAUCCAGGGGCAGCUGGUGGGCCAUUUCCCAAGCAGCAGGGAGCUGGCUAUGGGGCCCCAGCCUCCCAAGGAGCUCUGGCAGCCUACCACCAGGGCUCUCCCCUGCGAGGUCGACCUCCUGGCCAGGGCAUGCCCACGCCUUCUGCCUACCCAGGCAGUGCACAGGGGGGCCAGUACUACCAGCAGCCCAUGGGUGGUCCGCAGACGCAGUAUGAGCAGCAGUUUAUGCAGGGUGGCCAGUAUGCACCACAUGGCUUCCAGCGGAGCAUGAACUACCAGCACUCGCCCAUUCCUGGCAACCCCACACCACCACUGACCCCAGCAUCGGGCAUGCCCCCAUACCUGUCUCCAAGCCAGGACACAAAGCCUGUGUUCCCUGAUAUCAAGCCUCCUCUGCCCAUUCAGAAGGACGACGAGCUGCGCCUCACAUUCCCAGUGAAAGAUGGCAUCAUCCUGGCGCCCUUCCGGCUGGAGCAUAACCUCGCAGUAAGCAACCAUGUGUUCCACCUGAAGCCCUCGGUGCACGAGACGCUCGUCUGGCGCUCUGACUUGGAGCUGCAGCUCAAAUGCUUCCACCAUGAGGACCGCCAGAUGCAUACUAAUUGGCCUGCUUCAGUACAGGUCUCUGUCAAUGCCACUCCACUGAGCAUUGACCGCGGAGAGAGCAAGACUUCACAUCGGCCAUUGUACCUCAAAGAAGUUUGUCAAGCAGGCCGCAACACUGUGCAGAUCACGGUUACAGCAUGUUGUUGCUCUCAUCUAUUCCUGCUGCAACUGGUGCAUCGGCCAACAGUGCGAUCAGUGCUGCAAGGCUUACUUCGCAAGAGGCUUCUACCAGCUGAACACAGCAUUGGCAAGAUCAAGCGCAACUUCUCAGUGGGCCCAUCCCCUCAAGGGCCUAAUGCUGGCCCCGGUCAAAACCCGUCGGGAAGUACAGGACCCGCAGAGGAUGGGGUUGAGCAGACUGCCAUCAAGGUGCAGCUCAAGUGUCCUAUCACUUUCAAGCGCAUCACUUUACCUGCUCGAGGCCAAGAAUGCAAGCACAUUCAGUGCUUUGACCUGGAGUCAUACCUACAACUGAAUUGUGAACGAGGUUCUUGGCGGUGCCCAGUAUGCAGCAAAACUGCCAUCCUUGAAGGCCUGGAAGUGGACCAAUACAUGUGGGGUAUUUUGACCAACCUGAGCAACUCUGAUGUGGAAGAAGUGACCAUUGAUGCAACAGCCAGCUGGAAGCCAGUCACUCUCAAGUCAAUCAAAGACGAACACGACGGGACAGAGUCAUGCAGUGGUGGCAAGCGACUGAAGGCGAUGUCUCCAAGCAGCAUGACAAUGCCAACUACAAGUAGUUGGGAAAUGGGACAAGGUCUCUCACCUUAUCCAGCCCUACCCCCACCUGACAUGCAGUCCAUAGUGAAUGGACCCAGCAUGGCCAAUGGGCCAGUCAUGGCUGGUGGUCCUGUGAUGCCCAGUGGUGCUGGCAUGCCUAAUGGCCCUGUCAUGAGUAGUGGCCCGAGUAUGCCCAAUGGACCCGUCAUGGGCAAUGGCUCCGGCAUACCCAACGGAAUGGGCUAUGGCAGCCGCAAUGGCGGUUUUGACUUCCAGUCUCAGGCAUCCGACUUUGGCAGCCCUCUCUCCCACCUGAAUGAUAGUGUGGCCUCUCUGGACCACCUGGCUGCCAUGGAGAAGUCGCUGAACCAUCAUGAACAGCAAAUGAUGCCAAUGGCCAACCACCACCAAGAUGCGGCUGCACCUCAGGGCACUUCAAGCCGCCACCCAGUUGGUGGAGGGCCAGGAUCUCAGAACUCGGGGAACAAUGCCCCGGGAACACCAGGUACAUCAGGGGCAACUAACACCCCAGCAUCUAGCCAGCCCCAGGCCCCUCCGCAACAGCAGCAGCAGCCCCCCCUGUCAGUAGGGAGCAAUGGGCCUCAGACACCCCAUACCCCGCACACUCCUCACACACCUGGAGGGCCGCCCAGUGUGCCUCCGCAGGGCUUGGAAGGCAGUGGUGGGCCAGACAGCUUGGCUCCUGACCUCAGCGAUCUGAGCUUUGACCCUGCAGCUGUAAUCGAUGGGGAAGGCCAAGGCCAGGAGGGCCUCAAUCUGCUUCCGGAGAGCUGUGUUGAUGCCAUGGAGCUUCUGUCAUAUCUCGACCCACCGGACCUAGGAGGUGGUGCUGGUAGCACAGGCAGUAGCCAUACUGGCCCAGCUUCAAGUUCAACUGCACCUGGGGGCACACCAGCAAAUGAUGAUCUCCUUGCUCUGUUUGAACCUUGACUCGUGUGAUGAGAACUACUUUGUGCAUCCAAACAGAGCCGACACGACAGAAACAUCUUGUCGGAGACGUCUGGCUCCGUGGUUUGCAGCAUAUUGUGAUGCAGUUUGAAACUGAUGCAGCUGUGACAUUCACUGUGUGAUUCUACCGACCGUCAUACAAGCAAGCACCUAGAGGACUGUGCAUCAGAACACCAAAGAUAGGGAUGCAGGGAGGGACGCUGAACAUUGAAGCACUUGUGAUUGCGUGAGUGUAUGGCUGGUUGUUCAACAAUAACAAAACCAUCAAAAGUUUUUUUGUAACAUCUCAGAAUUUUCAUUUGGAGUCCUCGUAUAUUUCCAAACAAUGCAGCUUUAUUUUAGAUUUGUAGAAGUGAUGUGCAAGGCAGGAAGUGGUCUGUCCAAUGCAAGAAGUGACUACAUAACAGAUUACUUGUGAGCACCAAAUUUUCUUGCACUAUCUUGACUACCUUGAGAGAAAGCGGUUCGCACUAGAUCCAGUGGGCUCAUGCUUUUGAUAUAAGGAGGUGCCCUGACACUUUUUGGGGCCACCGUGUCUGGAUGCUUGCAUCCUGCUGUCCACGGUGCUGAAUGAACAGGCCAGCCAUCUCAAACCAAGUGUCGUUCGUGCGUGUCGCAAUGCUAGCUAGAAAUCUCGGCUUUUGAAGUGCUCUGCACAGCCAGGACAUCGAUCCGUUGCCACCAUUACCUCAUUUUGUACAGAAGCCCGUCUUUACUGGUGGCAUUAACUGAAGCAGGCUCUGCAGGAACUGGUGGCGCAGCUGUAAUCUCAACGCCCAGUAUGCAACCCACCAUCUCACUGUGGGAAAAAGCGGCCCACAGCUCCUCACUUGUGCUCCAUCUGACGGCAACAUAAACAGUCAAAACACGGCUGUGACCUUGUGUAUAUAGUUUUAAUGGCACAUAUUUUGUGUCUCAUUCUUGAAAUUCCUUGAAAAAUCCUGGUAUGUUGUGUAUGCAUGUGAGUUGUGUCCCUGAAUGUUGUACAGCCUGUGGUUUUUUUUCUUUGUGUGUUCUUUGCUAGCUGUUUGUUUUCUUCAGCCCUCGAGUAUAUAUACAUAUACAAAUUAUAUAUAUAUAUUAUAAAUAAAUAUAUAAAUAUAUAUACAUAUAUUUAUUUUAAAUGUGAGCCUGUGUGUGCUGCAGCCUCCUUGUUUUGUGGGGGCAUAGUCGCCACUACAUGUUACCGCCAGCACAUCUUGCACGUCGGUGUUUUCACAGCACUGGCGUAUGCGCACUUCAUGUAGGCUCCCGCUUGCAGUUUCCCGGGUUAGGCAUCUGGCAGCAGUAAAGACUGGUGAAGAAUAUUUUUCAUUCUUCAGCUGUUCUGGCUAUUUCAUUGUCGCAUUAAUUACAGCCCAAAUGUUCAUUUAAUUGCAUGAAAUUGGGGUUUUGGUGCUGCUCAUUAAAAAAGAAAAAGGAAAAGUCGGGUGGUAAACCAGGACACACUCCAGUUGGCCACCCUGCAGUGGAGAAUGGAGGGAUGUGGUGUAUAGGUUUGUUCGUUCUGCAGUUUUGAGGAAUCUGAAAGAUUGCGAGGCCACCAGGCUAUUUGCAAAUUUCUUCAGUAAUCCACUAGUUGGCUAGUAACGCUUGAAGUACCGAGUGUCCAGUUGGUGUUCAUUGCACUGGUGUUCACUGCAGUUUCAACCUUGUAUCAAUCCUUUCCUGCCAGUAGUUGUAAAGGUAGUUACCAUAUAGAUUGAAUGUCUUGUGUACAAGCUAGCGAUUGCUUUUUCAAGCAGGCUGCUAGUAUCCUUUCUUCAUUGUGGCUGCCACACAUCACUUUGUAAAUGCUGGAUGCUUCCUUGAUCAUUUGUUGCUCCUUAAGCAUGAAUUUGUGAUAUUUGAAACCUUAGGUUUUAAUCUUGUUCUCUAGUACUUAAUUUGUCCAAGUACCUGAUUCUUGUAAGGCAAAAUGUUGUCCUUAUUUUCUUAUGGCAUAAGGAAUUAUCCAGACACGAGAUAAGCACCAUUAGCCAGUUGAGGCUGCAACUAAAUGCCUUUGAUGCUCAUUGUUUGCCUUUUUGUGCACAUGGGCAGUCUAAUGGCUAUUUGAUUCAGGAAGGCAUACUGAAUUGCAGAAGGUUUACAGUAUGUUUUCUUAUCAGGGCAGCAGUGUGGUACUGGGACAACAAACGAGGCUUUUAUGCUUUUCAUUUAAAAUACUAGGAAUGUUGGGCUGGAACUGCACUUGUGCUCAGUAUACAGGCACUUUUAGGCGCUAAUUUGAGUACUUGUUAUCUUGUCAUUAGUUGUUAAGCAUGACACCCAUACUAGUGGGCAAGGAAUAAUUGUUCCUAAGUUUGUUCUUUAAAAACUGUCUGGGAAAACAUCUAGAGUCUGUCUUCAUUUGUUUGAUAAAAUGGCAGCAACAGUGUGCAAAUAAGUCUGCCAUAAGCUACAACUUGCACAUUGAACAUGUUGAUAUUGGAGCUUAUGCAGGCUCUUGUGAUUUCAGCUCUUGUGCAUAUUAAAUUGUAUCCACUUGCAGCUGCUUCCCAUUAGGCCAGAAAAGCCCAUUGCUUUCAGUUACCCAUGUCUUGCUGCCAUGCAGUACUGACAAUCACUCGAUCCCAUGUUUUUAAGCUGGUAAGAGAAGGCACCUGCAUUGUCAUGAGUAAUGAAUGUCAAUCAGUAUGAGUGUCAUGCUUUUCAGCAUUGCUUCUCAGCUAUUCUAUUAGAGAUCUGAAAGGAUUUGUCACUUCUACCUAGAUGUAGCAUUUUCUCAUUAAACUUGUCUUUCUCAUUGCUGCCAGGGGAAGCCCUCCCCAGACCCGUUAUACCUCAGAACGUGCACAGCAUGCAAAGCACACAAAGUGUUCCUCUCUUGUCUCACAGUAGUUGUGCUGUCCCUGUAUAUACUGUCCAGCACAGGGCAAAAGAACUUGUGUAUUUCAGCCGGAAGGGUGCAGUGUCCUGUGUUGUGCUCCAAAGCAGUGUAGGUUGCAGUGAUGCAAUUCAGUUUUCUGUAGCCUAGUGACAAACAAAUAGAUGCAUCAUAGAAAAUGUGCGCUGUAAAAAUUGCCAAGCGUAUGUGAUGGCUGCCACUGUUGCAAUGACAUAGGCUACUGUAAAGGAGCUAGGUAUUUAUGCCCAGCUUAUUGAUAGACCACAGCAACGAAAACUUCCUAUCUAGUUUUAUCCUUGACUAUCAAAGUCUUUUAAUGUUUGAGUAAUAAAGCUUGAUUGAAAGCGCUUGUUGAAGAGAUCCUUUGAGACUUUUAUCGGGAGGAGCAAGGUAGUGUAUAAUAGGUAGAAAAGGAAGGUUGUUGGGUUACACAAGCAUAACUUAUUGACCUGUCUUGGAAAUGAGAACAACCAAAUGUGGUGCUCAUUUUGUCUUUUGUUCUUCACUUUCUGCAUGCUGCAUAAAUUUCAAAAACAAAGUAAGUCCUCGGUUUAAAAAAAAAAGCAAGUAAGAUAGCGAAAUGAAACAAUGGACUUGGCGGAUGGGCGUGGUAUAACAAGCAACUUGAGCAUGCCAUAUCUUGCUGUUAUUGAAGCAUCAGAAAGAUGACACUAGCCCAUUGAGUAGCUUGUGCAAGCAGCCUGAGCCCGUGUAAAUCUGAAGUUUAUUGUAGCCCGCCAUGUGGAGACUAACAUGACUUUGCAACAUGGCAGCCGGCUUUCACAGCAUUCUUUUUGUCUUCCCUCACAAAGCACAUGUGCAUACAGACACUUUCUUCACCUAUUUGUUUUCGCAACUUGUACAUAUUGUAAAGUGCUUGCAAUGCAAAAUACAGCUUGAAGUCCAUGUCAGCAACACUGCUAGACGUUCACAUGCAAAAGUGCUCCUACCAGCCCUAAUGCCUCCUUGCACUGUGAAAAUAACAGCCUGUAUUUAAACAUGCCCCUGUUACAUCCUUAGAUGCUUGCUUACAUGUCGUCCACUUCAUGUCUCUUGUACAGGUCUCACUUCAUGGACAAUAUAAAGAAAAAGUCUCAUUUUCAGCUUCACUGCUUAUUUUCUUUGUAUGGGCAGCUGUUUUCACCAGCAGUGUUGUUUAGCAUGUGAACAUACUAAAAAUUCAAAAACUGUGCUGUCAACAUACUGAGUGUAAAGAUAUUCAAAUGGCAGGUGAAGUAGCACAGUGUGCAUUGAAAGACUGGAGUUACAGCACACUAUAUGUGUUGUAAGCUGAGGUGUUAAAUGUUCUGUCUAAACAUGUGGUUUAGCAGGCCAUUUUAUUAGUAGCUUGAAUUUCUGCCCCUUUUUUUAUGCUGUCUGAUUGGUUAAUGGGAGUACUUGAAAGUGCCAUAAAAGUGCUCUCAUGGUAGUCUGCGCCAGUCUCGGCAACACUACAAAGAUGGUGCAAGUGCUCAAGAGAGUAUAUUUAAAGCAAUUCUAAGUGCUCCUCUUUGUCAACUGGAAAGCCAUUGAAAGUAAGCUUCUUUAGGAAGCUCCACAAUUCUUUCUUCCUUCCUACUUCGCUUAGUUUAUUUGCCUUAGUGGAUGUUCGAGGCUGACAGCUUUAAAACCGCCAGAAGUGAAUAAUUGUAGGUGUGCCAUUACAUUCAGCCAUUGUGUGGUUUUGAUGUCAACAGGUGGUCACCGAAUUCAGACCUGGUGUGGUGCAUUUUGGCAUUUCUGUCCACAGCAGAUACUAGGUGAUCAAACAGCUUUGUUUUGGAAUUGAGUUGUGUUGAUUCACUGUUGUUAUGCAGUGCUUUCCUGUGCAUUUCUUGUUUCACUUUGAGAAAGUGUGAACAGAAUGAAGUGCUGAUUCUCUUACUUUAGCUGGGGAGAAUGGGUUUCUGCUCUUUUCUUAAAUGGGCUAAAAAAUGCGAGAGUUUCACAAUGGCAGAGUUGCGCAACGUACGUCAUAUCAAACAGUUCCUAUAUGCAUAAAGCACAGCUUUUUGAUCUGGUGAUGGUGGGGAACAUUGCAACGAAACAUCCUCCCUUUCUUAUUGUUUCAAACCAGCACAGAGAAGGGAAGCACAACAGGGAACUGUUCCCUCUCCUCACACGGUGUUGUUUUUUUUUCCUUUCCUAUUUUCAUGCUUCUCAUCUUGUUUGGCAAAUCAUUUGGUCUCAUGUGCAACGGGAUGGCCUCUUGUUUUAUCAUUUAUUGUUCUAUUUCCAUUUGCUCGAGUGACCUUAGGGUGACAGCAGCAUUCAUUGAGAGUUCUUGUCCAUACCAUUUCAUGUUCUUCUGUUUGUCAUAUUUCUAGUGUAGAUAUCCAUAUUUAUACAAUAAAAUGUUUAUAUAACACAA